AUGCUCCCGCGUACCAAAGCCGACAGCUUUCGUGUGAUGCCGUACAACCUGCGUGUCCUGGCCACGCUCGGUGUAUGUGGCGAUCAGCGAAAACUGUACCGCCUGCUGGUGUUACUGGUGCUCACCUUUGUGGCCAUCAUCAUCCCAAAGCCGGUGCAAAUCAGCGACCGUCACCCGUUCGAGUCGAUCGUGCGCAGUGUGGCCGAGUUCAACUUUGCUAUGCUCUGCUAUCUGACGAUCAUCAUCGUGGCAAGCAAGUCGGAACCGUUCCGGCAGGUGGUUCAUAAAAUGGAACAAACGCUAGCGCCGUUUCGUGACAGUGACGACCGGUGCAGCCGACUGAUCAUCGAGGUGAACGAUAAGAUCCAUCGGUUUAGUGUGGCUUAUGCGCGGCUACAUGUGUGCUACAUGCUUCUGUUCAACCUGGUACCACCGGCCUGCAACUAUCCCUACUAUCUGCUGCAGCGUGGCUCCAACCGGACGGUCGAGUUUAUGCUUCCGUUGGCGCAAGACUUCUACGGACUAGACAUCCACGGGAAUGUAGCGCAUUACAGCGUGUUCUGUGCAUCGAUCAUACCGGCCUGCUGUUUUACCACGCUCAUCCUUUGGACGAAAGGUAUCCUGCUCAUCUUAAUCCGUUACAAUACCCUGCUCUACCAGUUGGUCAAUCGGCGUCUGGAAGAGUACCAGAGCUCUACUCAAAUUGCCCCAAUGUCGGACGAGCAGAAGAAACGAAAGUUGGCAGAAAUCGUUGAACUCCACUAUGCCGCGAUCGAGUGCAACGGGCUGCUGGACAGCAUUAUGAGUCUGAUUCUGUUGAUCCAAUUUGUCGGCUGCCUGCUGAUGCUGUGUCUCAUGAUGUACUAUAUCUCGCGAAAUCCUAACAUGAACGUGGUGAACGUGGUGGUGCUAUUCUUGUCCAUCAUGAUCGAAAUGAUGUGCUUUUCCUACCUUGGCAAUCAACUGACCGAGGAGAACACGAACAUCGGCCAAACGGCCUAUAACUGCCAUUGGUACGACGAACCAGUCACAGUGCAAAGCUAUUUCCUACGCAUCAUCCUGCAGUCGCAACGCCAGGCUACAAUUACGGCAGGCAAGUUCUACAACGUCAACAUUGUAACGUUCGCGCAGCUUAUUAAAACCUCCUUUACCUACUACAUGAUAAUGAAGGAAAUGUUCUAG